GCCUGGGUGGACGGGGACAGGGGAGUCCUCCUGCAGCAGCUUGUGGAUACCACGGCAGAUGGGGCAUGCAAGAAUGCAGAACGCGAAGUCUUAAGGCUGGCGCUGCAGAAGCCGACCUGGCUAAUUGCCAAGCACGCUCAGCGUCGUGUGCAGCGCUGCAUGCUUCUCGCACGAAGAAUGUUGAUUGCUGCCGGUGGCCGAGCAAAGUCAAGGAGGCAGCCGGAGAGCCCACUUGAGGCUGGGGCGCCCUUCAUCACGUUCACUGCGCAGCACGCGGUGCGAAGUGCCUACGUCGCAUGUCUUUGGCCGGUGGGUGGAGAGCCGGAGGUUUCAGUGGCGGAUUUCGUGCUUUGCAAAGUCGAUGAGCAAAGGAGCUGUCUGCCUAGCAGCCACUUGCAAUGCCCGUGCAUUGAGGGAGGGGAGCCAGGUGAACGGCCUGACACUAUCUGUUUGGUGCAUUAUGAAUCUGUUGGCUUCGCAACUUCUCCAAUCGGCACAAAGUCAUGCGAGUUCCACCCCUCCUCCAUGGUGCCUCAUCGUUUCAGCACGAGCUUUCUAUCUCGCAGCGCCAGCCCGUGCUCCGAGGUUUACUGGGCAACUUGCGGCACGAAGUGCCUCCGUCGCAUGUAUUUGGAGGUGGAGAGCCAGGUAUUUCAGUGGCGGAUGCUGUACUUUGCAAAGACUAUGAGCACAGGAGCUGCCUAUCUAGGCGCUUCCGUGCCCGAAGAGCUUCCCGAAAUCGAAGACCGGCUCCAUUUCCGCAGUCGCAUCGAUGCUUACAAAGGGCUGCCGCUUUCUGAGCAGCGGAAGGAUGGCUCCUGCACUAUUGAAAUCAGAGAUGCCGAGCGCUGGCAGCCCGACCGACCAUGCCGCAGUGUUCUGGAUUCUACGCCGUCCUUGCUGGUGAAGUUCUGGUGCAGCAUAGGCAAGUUCACGGCGCCCCGCGUUACGCCCAGGAAGGCAUGA